CGUUCAGUUUGAUUACACCAUUCAUUUGUGUACGAUCGCUUCUAGUGUUCAAACAUGAAACGAACCUUCCAGUACUAUCCACCAACGAUUUGCUACGACAAACCAGCCGCCGCUAUCGUAUCGCAGGAUGACUAUGAAGAUCGAAGACUGCGUUCACUGGCCGGCACACAAGUGCUAGAGCUAAUUGUACCGAAAAAAUCGGCCCGUACCUGGACCAUGCGUGCCGGUGAUUUGUGUCGCGUGUCACUCCCGGAAGGAUCGCAAGUGGGCGAUCUUAACCUCUGGAAUCUGGAGAACCCACGGAAGGAACGAUUCUUCUCGGGUAAAACGAGACAAAUUCAUUCAACGCAUCUGAAAACGUACGAUCGUCUUUGGAGUUGCUUCCCGUACCUUCGGCCAAUGGCAACGUUCGUGAAGGAUUCGCUCGAAGACUAUGGGAUCGAUCGCGAUGGUGGAUCGCUGCAUGACGUAGCCGGUACGCGAUGCGACGAUUACAUCUACAAACUCAUAACCGGUGAGGAUCGAUACGGAAGUUGCCACAGCUAUCUGACGGAGGCGGUGAAGGAACAUGGACUGACGGAGGAGGACGUUCAUGAUACGUGGAACAUAUUUAUGUGUACCGGGUUUACGCGAGACACACAACAAUACUUUUGUAAACCGAGUCCCGCUCGCAAAGGUGAUUACAUUGAGUUUUUGGCUGAAAUGAAUCUCCUGGUAGCUCUGAGUGCCUGUCCGCAGGGUGAUGUUUCGAUUCAGGUAGGCCAGAAAGUGCCGGAUGAGAAAUGUUUCCCCAUGAAGGUGGAAGUUUUCCGUGCUGAGUAG